CACAAACAAUCAUGGGUAUAUCAGCUAUUAGAAAUUUAGUUUUACUAGCUUCAGUGACCUACACAUGUACAGCUCGGCCACAAUAUAGACGAGACAACAACGGUCACCUUCAGAUACUUGAUAUGGAUUACAGCGGCUACAAAGCAGGUGAUGAGCCCGACGCAUCACUAGACUUUGCUGCGUUGCAGGACGGAUGUUUCGGUGCGAUUCGCAACGGUGAUAAUUGUGUAGAUACAAAGCCCAAUGAUUCUAGAGUACAAGCCAAUCCAGAGAACUCAAACGAUAAUGUUAUGGAAAUACAGAUGCGUGCAGGUACGUAUGGUGCAGAACAGAAACAUGCAGGAAGUCAAUUUUACUCCAGUCAACUGGAGGAAUUGCCUGGUUUAUUAGCUGCAACACUCGAAUACGAAGUAUAUUUCCCCAAGGACUUCGAAUGGACUCUCGGGGGUAAGCUUCCAGGUAUGCACGGUGGUUCAAGAAAGUGCAGUGGAGGUUAUUUCGCUCAAGGUGAUGACUGCUUCAGCACACGACUUAUGUGGCGUGCAGAUGGCGACGCAGAGGCCUACAUGUAUAUCCCAAUGGCUUUACAGACUGAGGAUCUAUGCAGCAAGUGUUCAGGUUAUCCUUCCGGAACCAAGUGCAAAGAUAUCUCGCACUGUUCGCUUAAUAGAGGGGCUUUCUCAUUCAAUGCUGGCAAAUGGAAUAAGAUCAAACAGCAAAUCUGGUUGAAUGAAGCGGGUUCCAGUGAUGGUUGGUUUGGAUUAUAUCAUGACAAUAACAAAGUGAUGGUUGAGGACAUUACAUACCGAUCGAGUGACAAAGUGCCAUUGUCUGGUCUUUACUUCUCCAGCUUCUUCGGUGGAGACGGCGAAAAGUACGCACCCGCACAUGAUCAAACACUCAACUUCAGGGGCAUCAAGCUGACAGCUGGCAUAGUAUAA